UCCAGACGAUAACGGAUCUGGGAAAGAUUCUUUCUUUUCGCAUCAUGACUAUAUAUUCGAACGAAGAAAGCCAUACACUAUCGCAAAAAAUACAACAGGAACAUCUUUACCCGGCACAAGGUCAACGUUUGAAAGAAUGGCGAACUUUGUAUCCGUUUUCUUCUGUGUCCUGCUCUGCAUGGGACUCUUCUGGUCUCCAGGUAAUUGUCAAUUCCGCUUCGCUAAAGAGGCUGCUCAAGGCGCGCGGGACAUGUGGAGAGCCUACAAGGACAUGAGACAGGCCAACUGGAUUGGAGCCGACAAGUAUUUCCAUGCAAGAGGCAAUUAUGACGCUGCACGAAGGGGUCCAGGUGGCAAGUGGAUUGCAGGAGUUAUUAGUAAUACCCGUGAGAGAUUUCAAGGAGCAAACAAACCUGAUUCCAGAGCUGAUCAAAUAGCAAACAGGUGGGGAAGGAACGGAGGAGAUCCGAACAGAUACAGACCGAAAGGUUUACCAUCCAAGUACUAGACUUCACGGAAAAGAAAACAAUUGUCAUGUACUUUUAUACAUUGCAAAUAAAUGCUUCUA